UUAGAUCCAUCAUUAAUCAAGAAAAUCCGGACACCCCUCAUACAUCUCCAGAGCUGGAUCCGGUAUCUAUAUCAACAACCAGUGACUGGCUGAAUUUAUUGGGCAAGAUUGAGAGCUUUGUCAGGUCGCAAUUCCGUUUUCUAAGCCGCAUCACACCUUCUCUAGAGAGCGGAUUCCCGAGCAUUUUCCAGAUGUUUCCUACCGCUCAAGAUCUAAGGCAGAGUGUCAAUACCUCAGAAACAUUCCUCCAGCAUGUGGCCACAGAAGUCCUUACUAUAUCGCCAUAUGGGAACUGGACUGACCAAGGAUGGAGUCUGAGGUUUCGCGGAAGUGUUUACAAGCAACCCAAUAUUGCGGAUAGAAUGUUACACACCCUUGCAAGCAUGUUUUUACUCGGUGCUUCGAUUAAAAAGCUCCCCCCAGCAAAUUAUGCGCACUCCCUCAAUAUGACACGAAGCGUGUUUAUUCUGAAACAAAGUCAUACGAAAGUCUCGUUUCAUGUGACCCCUGACACGUCUCUGGACGCUCAUAGUGAAGACACAUUGCUUUGGACGGAAGGGCAGGACAUUGAGGUCCCCGGCGUCACGAAUAUGGAAGGCGAUUUCGAUUCAUUUAUCGAGAUUAAGAACGUGUCAGGGGCGUUUCCGCUACCUGGAAACGAAACUCGCAAAACGCAGCGUCUCAAAUUGCAUGCGUAUGGGACGGAUACUGGAAAUGCCACAGCUGAUAUCGAUGAUGUCCUUCGAGUGUCGAAAAUAUUCUCAAUAAGGGAAGGGCUGAAUAACCUCUUUGGCCGACCUUUUGUUCCCUGGAUGAAUAUGCCUGAGAUAUAUGCGAACUGGUCAAGAAGCCUGCCGGAUCUACACUAUCACUACCUAACAACAACUCCCGAACAACUGACUCGCCCUUACAUGGAUUAUAUCUUCAAGACGUAUCCGACCGGCACUUUUGAUACUAGAAUUGUGAAUUUCACUGAUUUAGGAGCGACUUUGUCAAUCCGCGAGUUUUUGCUUGAUAAGGUCUUCCAGACUUUUCCAAAGCGAAAAUUCAUCAUUGUAGGAGAUACAACAAAUUUGGAUAUCAUGUCAUCAUAUCCCCAACUUGUGACAAAAUACCCCGGCCAGGUCCAGUGUAUACUCUUGAGAAACACAUCAGCUUCGGACAGCAGCAAUCGUGUACCAUACAAUACCAAGUGGUUCAAAGGACUAGACCAACAAAUGUACAUGUUUUUUCGCGUUCCUGAUGACCUCAAGGGGCUGGCUAUAGAGGACGGGCGAUGCUAUAAUGCAUCCAUUCCCCAAAAUGUUACUUUCGGAUGGCAAGGCCUUCCUUUUGGCAGCAACCCAUGA